AUGUUUUCAAAGGUUGUAACUCCAAGUGAUGUAGGAAAGCUAAACAGGUUAGUGAUUCCAAAGAAGGAUGCACUCAAGUUCUUCCCUUUAGAUCCCUCCAAAGAAGUGCAAGGUUUGAUACUAAGUUUCGAAGAUCGAACCUGUAAAAAAUGGCAGUUUAGAUACUCUUACUGGAAGAGUAGCCAAAGCUACGUGAUCACCAAAGGAUGGAGCCGUUUUGUGAAGGAGAAGAAGCUCAAAGCCGGUGAUACGGUAUCGUUCGGCCACCGUAUCGGCUUAACCGGAGAUAAGCUCUUGUUUAUAGAUUGGAAAAGACAUGGAACACAAACUAAGGAUGGAAUGAGAGUGACGUUAGGAUUGAAACCUUUGAACUCUCCAUUGAUGAUACCUUUCAUGCAAUAUUCUUUGUUGCCACCUUUGAUUAUGAUGCCUUUCAUGCAAUCUAGAGCUAAUGCUCCUAAACAAGUUAGGCUCUUUGGAGUGAACUUGGUAUCAAAAGAGUGA